UCUCCUCGAUCCCUCCUCCUUCCCGUCCCUUCCGAGAUCCUCCCCACAAGCUCAGGAUCCUCUCCUGUGAUCCUUUGGGAUCUCCUGCCUUCCUCCUCCUCGGGACCGGGCAUGUGAUCCCCUCUCCAGAAAGGGACCAUGGAGCGCCCCAAGAUCUUCGUGGUGGUGGACUGCCUUUGCCUGCUGCUUGCCUCCUUGCCCUUCAUCAUCCUCACUGGGGUCAACUCUCCCUACCAACGGGGCUUUUAUUGCGACGACGAGUCCAUCCGCUAUCCCUACAAGCCGGACACCAUUACCCACGGUGUGAUGGCCGGCGUCACCAUCCCAUGCACUGUUAUCAUUGUUUCGGCCGGAGAAGCCUACCUCGUCUACACCGAACGCCUUUACUCGCGCUCCGGGUUCAACAACUACCUAGCCGCUCUCUACAAAGUGGUGGGGACCUUCCUCUUCGGAGGGGCAGUCAGCCAGUCCCUAACGGACCUGGCCAAGUACAUGAUCGGCCGCUUGAGGCCCAACUUCCUGGCAGUCUGCGACCCGGAUUGGUCCAAAGUGAACUGCUCCAUCUACGUCCAGCUGGAAGGGCUCUGCCGCGGAGGAGCCAGGAACGUCACCGAGUCCAGGUUGUCGUUCUAUUCGGGACACUCCUCCUUUGGGAUGUACUGCAUGAUGUUUCUCGCGCUCUACGUCCAGGCCCGGCUGGUGGGGCGAUGGGCCCGGCUGGUGCGCCCCACCAUCCAGUUCUUCCUCUUCUCCUUCGCCAUCUUUGUGGGGUACAGCCGCGUCUCAGAUUAUAAGCACCACUGGAGCGACGUUUUGAUGGGCCUCCUCCAAGGAGCUCUCAUCGCCAUCCUUGUGGUCCGCUACAUCUCCGACUUCUUCAAGCAGCGGCCCCAGUUGCCUUCUGCGGAGAAGGACGCCAAGGCCAACGUCCCCCUUCCCUUGAAUGAACCAGAUCACAACCAUUACAGCUACCGCUCCCCGACCUGAACGAACUGCUUGUUUGUGUUUGUACAUAUCUUUAUUUUGGGUGUGUGUUAUUUUUUUAAAAAAAUAAGAGAGAGAGAAUCACAUUUGCAGAUGACCCAGGAAACUCUGGACUUCGCUCAUCCUUUUCUGGACUUGUUUAACAAACGGACCAAAACAGAGUUCCCUCUAUUUGUGUGUUUGUCUUAUGGUGGCAUAUAUUGCUGUAUUUUUCUAUUAGGGUUUCCUAGGCAGCCUAUAUCCCACUAGAGUUGGAAGGGGACCCCCAAAGGCCAUCUGAUCCAUCCUCUUUCGGCCAGCCAUAAAGAAAGGCACUAUUGAAGCCCUCCUGAAAUGAUAGAUUGGUAACAAAUAAAAAUUGUUGUUGUUGUUGUUA